AAAAAAAAAAAAAAAAAAACACUACACCCUUGUUCUAUUAGUAUCUUCUGAGUACAAAACCAGAAGAAACGGUAACAGAAGGGUACAACUACAAUGGCCACUGCAACUGCAAACUUGGCACUGUGUCACUGUCAAUGGCCUUCAUCUUCUUCUUCUUCUUCUUCUUCUCUACCCAUGCAGGUCAGGUUUUCAUGUAGAGCCCAUAACCUUUCAGCUUCAGCAGUUGACAAAACCCUUUGCCAAAUCAAGAAUUAUGGUGUCAUAGCUUGCCUCAGAGCUAACAGUGCAGAAGUGGCCAUGGAAGCUGCAAAUGCGGCAAUAGCAGGGGGCGUUUCAGUUUUGGAGAUUGUGGCGUCUACCCCAGGUGUGUUCGAGGUUCUACAGCAGCUGGUGAAGGAGCAUCCUACAAUGGCCCUAGGGGUUGGAACUGUUCUCAGGAUUGAGGAUGCAAAAUCUGCAAUUAAUGCUGGAGCCAAAUUUCUAAUGAGUCCUGCAACUGUUAAGGACAUAAUGGAAAUGGAUGACGUACAAAGUGGUGAAAUUUUAUAUAUUCCUGGCACAAUGACUCCAACCGAAAUAUUGUCUGCAUGUGAUGCAGGUGCUAAAAUGGUCAAGAUUUAUCCAGUUUCUGCACUCGGAGGAUUUCAGUACAUAUCAGCACUGAAGAAGUCUUUUCCUCAUGUCUCUAUGGUUGCUUCUCAGGGAAUAACAAUAGCUGCUAUUGGGGAAUAUAUUUCGCGAGGAGCAUCAUCAGUUGUUUUGUCAGAUGCAAUAUUUGAUAAAGAGGCAAUUGCACAACAUAAUUUCAGCAAGGUAUAUGAACUUGCACAUUCUGCUGCCUUGCUGGCUGACAAAGCUGUGAAUAGAAUUUGUUAGAGCAAUUAAUCAACAAGAAAUACUAGAGUGGACGAUGAUCUGAAACGGCGGGUGGACUUCUCAGGGAUUUAAACUUAUAGUCCUUCCUAUAUCUAUAAGAGUUGUAUACUUAUAUCAAUGAGACAGGGCUGGAGUUACAAGAAUUGUAUCUGUCUUAAAUCCCUAUUAUGCCAUAUGAACACAAUCGUUCAAUUUUGAUUUUCUUCCUUCAGGUCUUAAGGUGAAAUGUUGUGAAUAAUUGGUAAAUGGUAACUAUUUGUUCUCUAUUACUAGUAAACGCAUGAUUCAUUUGUUAUGAAAGUCAGAUCAAUUGCUAU